AUGGACGAAGCGCAACACUGGCAAGGCAUCCAGCAUACCAAACGAGACCCGUACGAUGACCGUCAUGUCAAGGUCACAGUGCCACAAAGCAUCUAUGGAAAUUCGACCCGUGUGAAAGCAAUUCAAGUGGUUCGGGACACGGGAAAACUUUACCACCGCAUCGGUGACAACGGCUUUGACUUGAUUGUUCGAGAUGAGCAAGGUGCUGUUCAAUAUGAAUACGCGGCGAAAGCGACGUUUGUCGAUUCUACGCUCGUAUCCGCGACGCUCUGGCCAGCGAGUACUCCUAUUAUCAGGCAAAUCCGCGUGGGUUGGCAAGUUCAAGUUCAACCCAGCAAGUCUGCCCGAGAUAACAAAGCAGUCGCAACUGGCCAGGUACAAUGCAAUAGCUCGCUGCCCAGCGACCCGUCCACUCCGGUCGAUCAGAUUCUCGUCAUCCAAGCCAGCCAGCGCGGCUGGUGUUGCUCCUCUUCCUCCUCUGUGAUGGCGCGAUCGCCCGCUCUCUUCCUCCUGCCAGCGCACAAUCGCUCACUGCAGUGCCAUGGUAGCACUCAGACGGGCGCUCCGGCAGUCGCAGUCGCAGUGAUGACCGCCGCUGCUGCGUUCCCGCCACGAGGCUCCUUCUUCCAUUCUGCCGCCGCCGCGUGCGCUGCUGCCCAGUCGCCGCCACACUCGACCAGCACCGCGCAUGGGCGUCGCGGCAGGGCAACCACCAAGUCACGACGACCCGACCAUCAUGAGCAGAUGAUGUCCGGACGGGACUCGCGCGUCUUGGAGUCUGUCCAGGGACUGAGCGGGGCCAAUCGUAGCCAAGAUCCGGUCGACACUCAUUCUGAAGAACUCGUUCAAGCGCGCUUCCGAGCGUGGCACAAGCGACAGCGAGUAUCGUACGAGCGACCGCCACGACGAAUUGAGGCUGACCAAGAUUUUGACGACGCAUUUGGGGAGGGCCAUCCGUCACAAAGCCAGCCAAUAGCUGUGUCCACCGUGAACGAAAUUCCGCAGCACCACACUGGCGCAGCUCGGGUGCCGGCCGCCCAAGCAGAAAGCCCAGCCCCAGCAAUGCCGUCCAAGUACACAUUUCGGAGACGAGGCCUGGAUUUACCGAUGCUGGGCGGGAAAACCUCGAGUAUGGACUUCGAUGCCGCAAACUCGCCCAGCAAUACCACAGCCAAGCCAGCGUCGGCUCUCGAAGCCAUCUUGGCCAAAACUGCGUUCGUCAACCAACUUCUUGCAUCAGAUUCACCAGCAAUUGAAAACCAGGCAAUGCCAGUUUCCUCUCGCGGGACCAAACUUCCAUUGGCUGACGCCCAUCAACCAGCGCAGCCGCCGACCAAGCCAGUUUCACCGGCCAUGCCCAAGCCACCCGCAUCAGUAAGCGAGCCAGCCUCGAUCGAAAGCAUCGUCCAAGCGUACUCGUCUGGAGCUUCGGGAGUCCGCACUCGAGACUUGGCCCGAGCUGUCAUCCCGCAGAUGCAACGUGACACGGCCGUUUUGAAAGCCAACCUUGAGACCAGUGCGCGUGCCGAUUUGGUCGCGGAAGGAAAAUCUCCUGUUUCCAACAUGCUCGCUCAAGCCAACUUGACGCUCCUUCCUGAGCUCCCUCCUUCAUAUGCAUUGCCCUCGCCAGCUGCGCCGCGUGCCAUUUCCGAUAAUAGUGCGCGUCCCAACCUGGCUCUUGAUGACAAGCAGUCGUCGUUGCCAUUGCUUGGAGCCCCGCCUGCCGCGUCCGCAUCAUCGCUCUUCACCUCCCCCUUAACCGACAAGUCCUCCGUCGAUCCGAGUCUUGCUCCUGAUAAACGCGCCCAACUCGCAAGUGUCGAUUCAGCGCGAGCCAAACUCAAUCUUUUGCCGGCUCCCGCCACCCUGGACGACAUGGGACAGGUGGCUGCAGCCACAACCGAGCGCAGUGUGGCGUCGCUCUCGCAAGCCCGUUCGUCCACCUCCAAGCCCUUCUUGACCAAAGCAGCCCUCGCCCUCAAGGCCGGUGUCGACACCCGCGCAGCCGUGCAGCCUCUUCAUGCAGCGCGCACCCCGUCCCGAAAUAGCCGCGAUCGCAGUUUGAAAGCCGAGUUUGCUGAUUUACUGGCGCCGAACAUGCCAACCCCGAGCGACGACGACCCGGUGUUUGAGUUGCCUCCAGCGAUUGACCCGUUGCUGGGUGACAGCACCGCGCCAUCCCAGUCAAAUGACUUUGACGAAAAGCUUUCGGCGGCAGCUGCGCAACUCGCUAAAGCCGUUGCCACGGACGCUGUCGUUGCUGCAAAAGAGCGCACUCGGAAUGCAGUCACCAUUCAGGACAUGGCUCGGACAGUGUACGACUCUGUGGCGCUACCGCACGUGCGAGUUUCGGCUGCUUCCCCCGCUGCUGCAUCAACAACGACUCCUGCCUUGGACAGUGAGCAUACCAAAACGCCACUGCCAUCGUUGCUCGACCACCUCCUUGCAACGCCAUCCUUUGCUGCUGCAGUUGUUGCCGCGCAGCUUCGUCCUUCCCCUCGAGACACCUGGCAAAUCGCACCACCCUCUCCGCUCGCUCGUGUUGCGUUAGCUGCCGCAACACGCCGCCUCCAAGCCCUUGCAGACCAACCCCCGUUGCUUCUGGCCGAGUCUGGCACUAAUAAUCCAUCCUCUUCCAGCAACCCCUUCAAGAAGGAGGAUGCAUUCGUGUCAAGUAAUGAAGAAAGCUUUGCGUUGCUUUUGACUUCGCCGCCAGAAUCGCAGGAAAGCGUUUCAGUAUUGUCUGGUCUGCCUGUACCGCAAUGGCCGACUCUCAUCCCGUCCGACGCAAACCCCGAAAACGCGCUUCAACUCUUAACACUGCCUCCCGUCUCACUCGCCCAGGCUGAAAUGACCUCGCAAGGUCUCGGCGAAUCCUUCUUUGUGAAAUCGCAGCGCGUUGCAGAAUCCUUGGAGCGAGCCAUCACCACCUUCGAGGCCGACAAGAAGCGGCUUCCCGAGCUCAUUUAUCAGCCAGCACCCGCGCCGCUAACCCCUCAACUGCUCGAGAUUUUCAACGCGCUGCCCGUCCAAAGUGUCCCUCGUCCAGCAGACCUACUACCUCGAGAUGAGCCCGUCACACCACGCGUGCGCGCUUCCGAGCAGCUGUCGGUUCCUGAGAUUGAGGCACUCAUCCAGCACGAGCGCAAGACGCAGCGGUUUUUGUCUGUCGAAACAGCAUUUGCAUUGUUGCGCCGGCUGUGCUCGGAGGAUCGCGCGCUUGAAGCCUCGACAGUGCUGACUUCUCACUUUGCCCUGAUUGACAAGCUUCCCCUGUCUGCUCCCUUGUUCGAUACGGUCGCUGCGGGGCUCUACCACGAAGACAAGCUCGAGGCGGUUCUCGGUUUGUAUGAUGAGAUGAUUAAAGUGCUGCACGAGCGACCUAGUCAAGAGCUCUGUCACAUUGCCAUCCGGGCUGCAGGAAAGAUGCAGCUUGCUGAGCGAGCCAAGAAAAUCUCCGAGGACAUGUCCUCCUUCUCUCAUGUGGCGAACGACAGCACCUAUGUGGCGCUGAUUGGCGCGUACGCUCGACGCAAAGAUUACUUUUCCGCCGCCUUCGAGACUGGCGCACAGCUGGCAGAACGAGGCUACAGGCCUGAAGAAUCCACGCUGCGAGGGCUAAUGCAUGCCGCGUCUGUCGCUGGCAACAUUCGCGUCGCUCACCAGCUGUGGAGUGUGCUUGCCAGCGUUCCGGGCUUUGCGGGAGACACGGUUUCGCCAAGUGGAGUCAGUUUCCCGCAUCCUCGCAUUGUCGAGCUGAUGCUGAAAACCUACGCCAGUGCCCUCGCUCCUCCCACAGUCACAGCGCAUGAGGCAGAUGUGCAAAUUCAAGGCGCGCCGAUUGAAGAUGUCACUGAGCGAUCGACCAACAACUUUAUUUUGCAGCAUGAUAGGUUGAGUAUUCUGGAUCCGCCCGACCUUCCAAAGGCGCUUCGAGCAAAGGUGGACCGGGCGGGCCACAGGUACGAGUUUGGCAUUGGUGCAGCGGCCGCAGCUCCUGCGAUCGUCCUGGAGCGCGAGGCACGCUGGCACAAGACUGUGGCCAAGCAUGGGGUGGACGCAUCUCUGGCUCAGCGACACCUCUUCUUCCCGAGUCAAGCCCGUCCGGACUUGUGCUUUUUGACCGAGUUUGCCGGGCUGCCAGGAUCACCCGACCCCGCAUCCCUCACAGCCGCGCCAGUGGCCGCAGCGAUCGCUGUUCCAGCUCUUCUGCGCUCGCCAGUUCCGCUUCUGCCCCGUUUCUCUGUCUUUCAUGACACCGUCGAUGCGAUGAUUGAGCAUGAGCGCAGAGUUCGUAGCGUUCGAGCACAAGCAGCCAUCGCUUCAGUCCAGCUGCUCGCCGAGGACGAGGAAGAAGCUGCCGCUGCCCUGGAAGCCAGGGUGCUGGCCAUGCAAGAAGAAGACUCUACAACCGCCAAGCCGCCGCCGCCGUCUGCCUUUGGCAGAAUGCUUGUUGGCUUGGGACAUGCCAUGCUGAACGACAUGGUUUCGGCUGAUGUUUUGCCGACUCCUGCCAUUCUGAAUGCUCUUCUCUUCAUUUAUCUCAACGACCGCCGACUGACCGACGCGUUGGCCGCGUACAAGACGCUGUUCGUGGAUCGCUUCCGAGUCCAGCCAAACGCGACCACCUUCCGGUCUCUUUUGGCAUCGUGCAACUUGUCAAGGCGUCUAGACCUGGCUGAGCUCGUUUUCAACGAGCGCAACAGCGUGCUUUUCGGCACCCACGGUGCAGACCUGAAGCUGACGUUGAACUUGAUUCACUUGGCUGCUCGAACCGAUCGCCUCGAUAAAGCCGUCGCCUACCUUAAUUUGUUGGUUGAUGUUUACCAGCAUGUGCCACGUCCCGAACAGUUGCAAAUGCUGCGCACUCGAGCGUUGGCUCUCGGACAACCGGAUGUUUGGCGGAAAGUUGUCGACAAAUGUCGUGCCUUGGGCAAUUCCGAGCUGUGGACUGAUCCGAAGCCCGUGACGUUCAGUGCCAAGGCACACCGUGCAUUCCAGGCCUCGCGACCCAAAAAACACCAAAACCUUCUGGACGAGCUGCCAAAGUUUGACCGCAAGGAAAUUCGGGAGACCAAGCGCGAGAUUUCGCAGAUGCGUCGAAACGCGCGCGAGUUUGGAGCACUGCUCCAUGAGCCUGACUCGAAUUUCAAAGCGCUUGAAAAGCUGCAAACCGAGCAAGAACGCCUGGCAGACAAGCGCAAGCGAUGGGUCAGGAAUCUUGGUUCAAACAGCGCCUCCUCCGCUUCCGCCAGUUUCGUUGGUGAUGAUUCACCCAGAGCACCCUCGGCGCGUCAUCAUACUCGAGGACGAGAAGGACGAGGAGGCUGGGAACGCUCUCAUUCGCAGGAGGAUGAGCCCAAUCAUGACCUUGGGUCCAGUGCCACCGUGCCAACGCCCUGGUUUGCUCAAGACAGAGACGCCGUGGGCUCUCGUCUGGACCUCGAUCGCUCUGCUUCUGCCGGAAUUGGUCGGGGCGGCGUCAAGUCCCGGGUACGUGGCUCCGUCGCCUCGAGUCGCGAGGACUGGGCAGAACGCAAUCAGCGCAACAGGGCCGAGAAGAUUCGUGCAUCUCAAGAGUUUGUGCCCUCUCAGCAUGCUGCGAAACGAAGCGGCAGAGGCUAUCGCGACGCCCGUCGCUAG